CCCAGCAUGACGAUGGUCGCACUGACUUGACAUCUUUCCCUUGAACCUCCUCUUACUCAUAACUUCAUACCGAUUCAACGCCACCCCCACCAGAUAACACCAUCUACAAUUACAACCCUCGCCUUACACAGAAAGGAGGACCAACACCCCGGACUCGCUGGCUCAUCACGAAACUUUCGCCUGUCGCAAGUCCGCCCAAACCCUUUGAACGUUCAAACCCCCGCCUUUCCUCCAUUUACUGAAGUCCGCCUAUUACGAAUUCCUGUCAUCGCAACUGAUCCUUCAUAUUGGGUUCCGGACUGCGUAAAAUCUCCCCUUCCGUGUGUGGGACUCCUCCCAACCAUCCCAAGGCUUCGGCCAUCCCGGCUGACACCGAUCGCUCCCGCGCGCGGUGGACGGGGUCUUGCUUAUCCCUGCUGGUCUGGGAUUGUGAGCACCACUCGUAACCAUGGGUGCAUGUUUUAGCAGCGAAUCCGAUGGGGAUGCGGAGCAGAAGAAGAGAAGUCAGUUGAUUGAUCGGAAGCUCGAGGAGGACUCCAGGCGGUUACGCAGGGAAUGCAAGAUUCUCCUGCUGGGCUCUGGCGAAAGUGGAAAGUCUACCAUUGUUAAGCAGAUGAAAAUUAUUCACCAAAAUGGCUACACCGUUGAAGAAUUGGCCCUUUAUCGCUUGACCGUCUACAAGAACCUUCUCGAUUGCGCCAAGGCGCUCAUCGAGGGAUACCGCCUUUUUAACCUCGAACCGUCGAGCCAAAAAGUUCAAGAUUAUCUCACCUUUCUCGACGAAUAUCAUGUCGAUGCGGAUCCCAAUAUGCCGUUGGAUGCUAAAGUUGGAGAUGCCGUGGCAUAUUUAUGGAAUGAUCCGUGCACAUCGACGGUUUUGGAACGUCAGAAUGAGUUUUAUCUGAUGGAUUCGGCACCAUACUUUUUUGAUGAAGCCAAGCGAAUAACGUCACCAGACUACAUACCAAAUGUUUCAGACGUGCUUCGAGCAAGAACCAAGACCACUGGUAUCUACGAGACACGCUUUACUAUGGGCCAAUUAAGCAUACACAUGUUCGAUGUGGGUGGCCAACGAAGUGAGCGAAAGAAGUGGAUUCACUGCUUUGAGAACGUAACGUCCAUCAUCUUCUGUGUCGCAUUGAGUGAAUACGAUCAGAUGUUGCUAGAAGAAAGCAAUCAAAAUCGUAUGAUGGAGAGCUUGGUUCUCUUUGAUUCCGUGGUCAAUUCCCGAUGGUUCAUGCGAACAAGUAUUAUCCUGUUCCUGAAUAAAGUCGAUCUAUUCCGGCAGAAGCUCCCUCGGUCUCCCUUGAGCAAUUAUUUCCCAGACUACUCUGGUGGAAAUGAUGUGAAUCGUGCCGCCAAGUAUCUCCUUUGGCGAUUCAACCAAGUGAAUCGAGCACACCUCAACCUCUAUCCACACCUUACUCAAGCAACCGAUACCACCAACAUCCGACUUGUUUUUGCGGCCGUCAAGGAAACCAUCCUACAGAAUGCUCUAAAGGACUCCGGUAUCCUAUAAUUGCUAGGCCAUCUACAUCAUUACGUUCGCCCUAUCAUCUUCAUUCCUCCCUACAA